GAUUUCUAUCCGUUUGGAUAGACAAUAGAAUAUCAUCUACGUCACCCCGAAGCCUCCGUUCCACUUUGGAAAACACUGGUUCGAACGAAGGGAUCGGUAGCAGACACGUUCCGCGCCAUCGUCGAGCCCUUUAUCGAGCCAAGUCCUCGGCUGUCAUCGCCCUCUUCGUUUCCGACAGUCAACUUUCAAGACGAACCCCCUCCCCCUUCGUUCCACCACCGACAACAACCGCUUUCAACCCUUAUCGGCCUCGUCUGAAUCUGACACGCGAUUCGAAUUUGUCGCGUACCCGCGGUGGCGAAACGAGGCUCUUUAAAGCGGUAACACGUUGUAGAUCGUCCUCGACUCGUCACCGUUCCAGACCGUCUGUCCUUGACCAAAAUUUCCUGCAGGGACGAAAGACGUAGCCGAAUCGUCUUCGUCGCCUCAACGACUUCGCGACGCGAACUCGAACGGCAACCGUGGCUGCCGCGAGCGUCACCAGACCUAACCGACAGCGGUAAUUAUUUUUCGCGAAAGGGUGACGGGCAAGUGGCACUUCCGCUCCAAGGACGAGCUCUCGCUACUUUUUAAACGACCAGUUGCGCGCGGUAUCUCGAAUUAACGAGGGUCUCCUCGCAUUCAGAUGUCGUUCCGACGACUGCGUUGCGUCAGCUACACGGGAAUCUUUUGUUCGUUUCCUGAUAGGUUUACUCGUGCCGCGUCGCGCAAUUACGCAACUCCGUACCGUUCUUUCGUUCGCUUUUUCCCGUUGCUUCCUUUUAUUUUAUUUUAUUUUUUUUCACUUUUUUAAUUGCCGAUUACGCAACGUUCCUCAUAAACGUUCCAUUAUUCGCUCGCUGAAAGUUCCCAGCGGAGGGUUACGAAACGCGAUCGUCUAACAACGGACGAAACGUGUUGCGUCGUUCCCGUUAAAUAUUCACGCACGCGCGAUGCCGCGAGGGAGGGGGGGCGAGAGGCGCGUGAAAAAGUAGGAUAGUCUCGCGCGAAUAGAUGACAUUUUUCCCGGUUGAAACUUUUCUUUGGAGACGAUGGACCAAUUUCUCUUCGGUCGCCGCGACCGCGUCGUUUCGUACGCUCAACCGAGCCAUUCUCCUCUCGACGGCGAGGCGGAAGCGUGCAUCGAACCUAAUGACGCGAUUCGCAGUAAUUAGUCUCCUGUCUCUUCCUCUUCCGCGUGCUUUUCUUCUUGUUAUUAUUCGACGAAUUCAUAAAUUCACCGAAAAUUCGGUGAACGCUCGUAGCGUUAUUAUCAUCGAUCUUCUUUGACGUUCCGAGUUACUUGUACAUCUUCUAAGCGUCUUCUACAUCGGCGUGUGUGCCGUCGCGACUCGUAGGCGACGACCUUUAUUACGAAGAAGCUCGUGGAAGAGAUAAGAGAACGGAUUCGAUAAAAUUCCUCUCAGUUUUUUUUUAUCUUUUUCAUUGAAUGACGCCUUUAGAAUCGACGGAACGGUAUAAAAGUAUCCAGAGCUCGUCCGUCCAAGCUUGUAUUAUUCCGGCGGCCAGCCGCGCGACGUUCACGCGACCGAUGUACAAGCCGCGAUCAUUUAUUUAUCGUCGUCCCCGAGCAAACUGAUAGCGCAGCACGUUUUGAAUUUUUCACGCGGAUCGUUCUCGCCUGUCCUCCUCUGUCCGCCCCCUCCCGUCGCCGAGGACGGCCUCUCAGAAAAUUCGUACGAAGGACGGUAAUACCAGCAACCUCGAUUCCCGUUUGAAAAAUUGAAAGGCAUGGUGCGUGGUUCUAUCCAGUGCAAUGUGCGCGCGGCGACGGUGUUCGUCCUGGUGCUGUUGCUGUUUCGUCAAGUCUCGGACGUCGUCGGAUUCGGUAUACUGGGAAUUUGUCCCAGCGCCAGCUACAGCCACCAGCAACCCUUUCAAGCAUUGAUGAAAGCGUUAGCGGCUCGUGGACACAACGUCACCGUGAUAUCGACCAUCCCGUCAAAGAAGCCGAUACGGAACUACGAGGACGUCGACCUGUCGUUCACCUACCGAAGAAACAACUGCGCGGGUUUAAGGCACAUGGGAGCGUUCGCCCUUCUGCACAAGAACAUGCGGGACGCCAACGAGUUGUGCGAGGAGCAACUGUUCAGCCCUCCCAUCGCGAGCUUAAUUUCGAGGAACAAGACCUUCGACGCGGUGAUUAUAGAACAGUUAUGGUACCAGUGCUAUUACGCCCUGGUGAGGCAUUAUAAUUCUCCCGUUCUAAUCGGAUUCUUGAGCGUCGGAAACCUCCCGUACGUUAUGGACUCGGUUGGGAAUCCUGACGACGCGCUGCUGAAUCCAGACAUGGCCUAUCCCUUUACGAACAGGAUGACGAUCGGCGAGCGCAUUUGGAACGUUCUCUACACUACUUGGACGAGGAUAUACUACAAUCACUGGCACUUGCCGAGAGCGCAGAAGAUCGUCGACAAGUGGACGAGCGACGUUUCGGUUCGGGACAUGGAUCGAAACUUCAGUCUGGUGAUAUUGGGAAACAAUCACGUGUUCGGAUAUCCGAAGCCUCUGCUGCCGAACGUGAUCGAAGUACACAGCCUUCAGAUCGCGGAAGAACACGUAGCUUUGCCUAAGGACAUCCAGGAGUUCCUGGACAGCGCCACGCACGGCGCGAUCUAUUUCUCCCUGGGCUCGAAUCUGCAAACCCAUCAGCUGCCCGUGGGCCCUCUCGACGCUCUUCGCAACGCCAUGAGCUCCAUCAAGCAAAAAGUUCUGUGGAAGGACGCCGGAGACGCGACCAUUCGCGCGGACAACGUCAAGUUUGUCAAGUGGGCCCCUCAGCAAGCCGUUCUGGCACAUCCGAAAGUGAUGGCCUACGUGAUGCAGGGAGGAUUGCAGUCGUUGCAGGAGGCGGUGCACUAUUCUGUCCCGGUAGUCGCCAUUCCCUUUUUCGGGGAUCAACUUUUCAACGCGCGUAAAAUCCUGGACGCCGGGAUCGGACUCGCAUUGAACAUCGAUACCGUCACCGACGAGUCAAUCGUACGAGCGAUCACCGACGUUGUAGAAAAUAAAACAUACUAUAACAACAUCAAGGCGAUGUCGGAGAUCGUGAAGGACGAAUUGGUGAAACCCAUGGACCGAGCUAUUUGGAACGUGGAGCACGUGAUCAAGUUUUCGAAAUCAAGACACUUGCGCUAUCACGGUCGCGAUAUCUCGUUCGUCGAUUACUAUGGAACGAUAGUCGUUCUUAUUCUGCCCCUCAUUUUGUUAAUAUGGGCCUGUUAUCGUAUCGUCCGUAAUUUAAAAAGAUCCAUACGGGAAAGAUUUGGUAUCCUUGUCACGGAUAGAUCAACAUACUACGUAAAAUCAAAGUUUGAGUAAUCGUUUAGCUCGAUGAUUAAAUUUAUCCUAUGCAAACGUGGGCACGUACUACAAUGGAAGCUCCGAAAACGCCUUAUAAUUCGAUAAAUACAAGCAACGCCCCUGCGAUUUAACGAAGGAGACAUGGGGGAACGUGAAUAUUAACUAAUUUUUAUGUCAGACAGUACAACAAACGCGUAAUUUGUUUAUAAAAUUCAAUUUAAUUUCGCUUGAGUGAAUAGCCAUCUGGCGGUGA